AUGAGAGGAGUUAAUUCCAUCGGUUCUGGCUAUUACAAGCUGCCAGAGCAGACAGCAGCAGACUUCGACAAAGACGGCUGGUUCCACUCUGGAGACAUCGGGCUGAUCACGCCCGAAGGAAAAGUCAAGAUCAUCGAUCGCAAGAAGAAUCUUGUGAAGCUGAAAGGUGGCGAAUACGUUGCCUUGGAGCUGAUCAAUGUGACCUACAACAAUCAUGAACUCAUCAACGCGGAUGCUGGAGGUGUGUGCUCUUUUGCAAGCCAUGAAAUCGAUCGGCCCGUCCUGCUUGCUCAGUGCAAGAAGAAGGAGCUCUUAGCUUUGGCUGCUGCGAAUGGCGUUGGUGAACCCAGCAUGGCGCGAUAA